ACUUUCGUUUCCAUAUUUGUUGGGACGACGUUCUAAGAUGAACAAUUAUACUGGACAAUAUGGAUACAUGUUUCCAAUGCAACCAAAUUAUACUUGGGGUCCAAACCAAGUGCAUACACCUGUUCAAGAGCCACAAUAUACCUAUGGUUAUGACUCGACUAACCAGCAGCCCCCUCCGUACACUGACUAUAUGGGACCCCAGGUACAAGAUUAUGAAUCGCCCGUUAACGAUUUUAAUGGUCAGUAUGGAUAUUCCACAAAUUCCACACCUACUCAACCUGGUUAUAGUGCUCAAUGGAGUGGGAAUCAAUUCCAAACUCCAUCACAUGAUUCAAGUUAUUGGUAUCAUUCUCGUGAGCCACCAAUCAAUAGUCAACCACGAUAUCAACCUCCUCCGUCUACGCCUAUACUUGAACAAAAUCGAAAACCUAAACUACGAAUAUACUGUAAAUACUGUGAUGUAGCAUUCACGGAUGAGCAUACUUAUUCCAUACAUUUGGAUACUGAAAGGCACAUCCGUAAUUUUAAACGUAGCUUUAAUACAACUGAAGAUAGAAGGGGUAAAGGAAAGUCUAGAAGUGACUACCGCAGAAGUAAUAACAGAAACAGAAAACCUAAUUUCUACUGUGAAGAUUGCAAACGAUCAUUUCAAAGAAAAGAACAAUAUCUUGAUCAUAUCACAGCAGAAGGACAUAUGAAAAAGUCUGAUCGUAACAAAAAUGAGUCCGACGAAGGAGAAGCUAAAAAGGCUCCAAGACGUACAGAUUAUUGUGAUGUAUGCGAACAAACAUUUCAAAAUGGUCGUCACUUUUAUGCUCAUCUAAAGUGGAAAAAGCAUAAACGUCUUUGUAGAGUUGCUAGACUUUUAAGAGGACAACUGAAAAAGACACCGGAAGAAGUUGCUAAUGAUCCAUUGGGUUCGUUCACAUUGUAUAUGAAUAAAGACUGCUCUGUUCCAUAUGGGAACUAUGGAGACUGUAAGGAAGUCGAAUUGGAUGCUGGAAAUGCAUUUUUGCAAAAAUUCCUCGACUUGAAACAUUUAAUCUCUCAAGAACCAAAUCCAGUUGGCGAGGAAUUUAUUCAGGAGCAAGUAUACAAUACACGAGAUUUGGAAUAUAGCUGUUCACUCUGUAAAGCAGAUUUAAUUGGAGCUGAUGAUAUAGAAAAUCAUCUACGUACUCUUACACAUCAAAAGAAAUAUAAGGAGAAAUUUAAUUUGGAGGAAUUUGCAUUUGAAGAAGAAAUGAGAUUGUCUGCAUCCGAUUCGGUUUUUGCUGUAUGGAAAACAUGCCAGUCUAGAGCUAGUAAAGAAUUGGCAAGAAUUAUCGGAGAAAAAGGUUUUCAUUUAUGUGUUUGUGGUUUCCGUAUUACUUGCUAUGAUGAUAUGCGAAAACACUUUCCAAUUAAAUACUAUGAUAUUCAUCCACGAAUUCGUUCAUGGAAAAAAAGUUUAGAAAAAUGUAUUCGGUCGCGUGCUGAUCGUCAUAGGAUUGAUUAUAGAGAUUGUUACGUAAGUUACCGAUGACACACAUAGUUCGUAUAUAUAUGCACGUUGGUAUCAGUUUGUUCAUUUUAUUUAAACAUGUCUUUUAGGAUAUAACUACAUACCUUAUUACAGAUUGCGCUAUUUUUCGUGACAAAGAAUCUGAGCACAAUGUGUAGUUUUUAUUAACGAAAGGAUAUAUUUCUCUUUAGAGAGGUCAUCAAUAAAUAAAUACCAUAUCACUUGAUCUCAAGCACUUUCAAGUUUAAGUAAUUAAAGUUUGUUUAGAUACUUAGUUGUUUGCUUAAACAUUACUGUUCUUUAUAAAACAGGAUUAUUAUAUUUCACGUGGAGCCAACUCUGAUUUGGUAAGAUAAUGUUAGGGAAUCGUUGUAGUUCGUAAAGAGUACAUUUUAGUUCGCUAAAUUUUUAAGCUUCCUUUUUUUAGACCAAUUAUGUUACUUCGUAUUAGUUCAUUGAAGUAGCUAGACAAUUAAGAGUCAGUCCAUGAAUUGUUUUUAAACUUAUUUGAAUUCUUUAUCUUACGGCCUGUAUUUUUCGUGUUAGUAUUAUCUUCUAUUUGUUACACUUAGAUGUUAUGUGACCUCAGGGUUUUAUUUCAAUUAAACAUUUAUGAAUUCUAGCCAAAUAUUUAAUAAUCACUAAAGAACUUUUAUCUUGAAUUCAUGAAAGCUGAUUGUUAAAACGCUAUUCUAGCUGUUUUACACAGUCAAUAUCUAAACGUAUGUUAUUCUGGUAAUAUGUAGUUUUAAAUUAAACAUAAGAGUCUUGUGCAAGUUAUUCAAUUCGCCCAAAUUGGGACAUCACAUCAGCACAAUGCGAUAAAAAUAUCAAGAUGAUCAUCAAAUUAGUAGUGGUUGUAGCAUUGAUAAAAUAUGAAAUUCAAUGUCUCUAUAUUCAAUAAACGACACUUGUUCCCAUGAAUAACAAGUCAAUGAAUUUCCCAUUUGCUGUUUUCUGCGAUCACAUUUCCUCAGUGGCUUCAAAAUUAUGGCUUAUACAACGGUUUACAACAUACUGUCUUCUUUUUCAGACUAUUCUAACUUUAUUUGGACUCCCCAGCCACAUUAUCGAUAUGAAGAGAGAACAUGCUUUAGAAACUGCCAAAGCUAAAUUGUUAGAAGAUUCUACAAAAGAAGAGUCAACAACAGAUGCUCGUGGAGAUGGUGAAGACGAGGAUGAGGAGGAAAAUGACGAUGAAGAAGAAGAGGAAGAAGAACGAAAGUCAGUCAAGGAAGAUGAACCUCCUAAAGACCCUACAUCAAAUACAGAGUGUGUCGGGGAUACACAUACGGAAUCGUCGUAGGAUACCUUCUCGUUAUAUGUUAUACAUUAGUUGUAAAAUACAUUAAAAUGGUUAUUUAGAGAACAAAUUUCGUUCUCGCUUUUGUCAAUGCUAUGUAAGACAAUAACCGGUCUUAUUUUGCUCGUUUCGUUUAUUAAGUGUUUUCAUUUCACUUGCUCUUUCGUCAAACACUAUCAUCUUGUUCCAUUUUUUGAUGCAUUAAUGAUAUUCUCUUUAAUGCAGCAUCAAAUCUACAUUUCUAAAU